AUGCGACUGUUCGUGUUACUGACGUGCUUGGGCCAGAUCGCUUGGGCCUCCGUUUGUCCCGGGAAAUGCAAAUGUUCCGAAGAAACCGUCGAUUGUUCUAAAUCAGGUGGAAAAAUCUUUGAAAUCUUCCAAAUUAUAUAAUUUAUUUAGGGCUCACCCAUCUACCCACGGAGCUUCCAGACAAUGCCAAAACUUUGAUUUUCCGCUGGAAUCCCCUGAAAAAUUUGAGGAAAACGGAUGUUGAAGGCUUGAAAAACCUCCACACGUUGAUUCUAUCCCACAAUCGGAUUUCCAGGAUCGAGGAGGUUUGGACAUUUUUUUUUGCCUGGGAAUAACUUCAGUGGCCACUUAAGAGGUUCCUCAAGGAGUGGACGCUAGAGUGGCCACUAUAGUAGUUUUUUUGGUCUAAAAGUCCCACUUAGACUCCUAAAGGGGCUACUAAACUUUGGCCACUUAAGGGACCACUAAUCCGACUACUAUAGUGGCCACUAGAAUUUCAAAACCCUAAAGUGGCCCCUAGAACGUCAAAACCCUAAAGUGGCCACUAGAAUUUCAAAACCCUAAAGUGGCCCCUAGAACGUCAAAACCCUAAAGUGGCCACUAGAAUCUCAAAACCCUAAAGUGGCCCCUAGAACGUCAAAACCCUAAAGUGGCCACUAGAACGUCAAAACCCCCAAAGAGGCCCCUAGAACGUCAAAACCCUAAAGUGGCCACUAGAAUUUCAAAACCCUAAAGUGGCCCCUACAACGUCAAAACCCUGAAGUUGCCGCUAGAAUGUCAAAACCCUAAAGUGGCCACUAGAACGUCAAAACCCUAAAGUGGCCACUAGAAACAUUCCCAGAUAAUGCAGAAAUGGCGUAGAAAUUUAUUUUUACUCAAAAUUUCAAAUUUGGCCGUUUUUGGUAAUUUUUUAGUUCAAGCUAACCCUUUUUCGGAAAGUUAUAGUCCGGCGCGAUUUGACAUUUUUUGCGUGUCUGCGUCUCUCUGUUCCCUCACCGGCGAGGUCAGAGAAACGUGAAAAUAGCAUGUCAACAUGAGAGCGUCGCCUAGAGACGUGGAGGGUGCAGAAAAAAACAGAAUCUCGAAAGAACGAGUAUAACUGUUUGAAACUGUUCGCACUUUAAAGGAAUACACAUUUUUUUGAAACUUUAGAAUAUCCUCGACGCACUGCCCGACCUGAAACGGCUUUCGCUCACCAACAAUCGCCUGAAAUUCCUUCCACCGAUGACGUCAUCAAUCGUUCCAUCAAACUUGGUCUCCUUGGAUCUUCGCAACAAUCGCAUUGAGCGGAUCGAAGCGCAGGUUUUCACUCUAGAAUGAGACAUUUUGAGCUAACAUGAGGAAUUUUGAGGCGUUGAAGUCGCUCCGGUCGUUGGUUCAACUCGACCUGGCCCAUAACCACAUUCAAUCGAUCCCGACGACGACUUUUGAUGAGCUGAAGAAUAUUUCGCUUCUGAGGAUCCAUGGGAAUCCCUGGAAUUGCGAUUGCAGGUGGGAAAAUGACCGGGAAAGGUCAGAGUGGUCCCUAUAGGGGUUUAAAGUCUGCCGCUUAUACUCAAGGGGCCACUAUAGGGGCCUUUGAUUUUUGUUCAGACUCAAGUGGCCCCUACAGGGGAGGUGAAGUGGUCCCUAUAGGACAGCCUACAUUCCCUAAGGCAUUUUAGAGCUGAAUUGAUCAUUUUAAGAUUUCAAACAAAAAUAAAAUUGAUUAAAAAUGAAAAAAUUCAGGUGGAAAUUAUUUUUUUACUGAUUUUAAUAAAGAAAUAGCGAUAGCGGACGCUUUUUUGGAUUGAAAUUGUUCAAUUUUAAAAUUUUUUUCAAAGUAAAAUGGUGAUUUGAUAACCCAUAGUGUUUAGAAUCAACAAACUGAGCAGCCUGAUCCAAAAACUGGAACCGGAAUCGAAGGAAGCGAUUUGUAUGAACCCGGAGCAGCUUCGGGGCGUUCCGGUUCAUGAGGUUCAGUUUUUUUCGAAAAUAAAAUGAUUUCAUACGUAUUUAAGGUCAACGACGGCUAUUGUAUACAACCCGAAGUACAGAUUGACAACUCGGACUCAAGUCCCAAGCAACGACUGAAGUGUCCCGAGCAGCCACUUUCUUAUCGUCGACCCGUUUGGCUUUACAGGUGAGUUGGACGCGAUAAUCCUGAAAAAUUGUUGUUUUUGAAUAAAAAACGGAUUCAAAAAAACGCAAAAUUGCACUGAAAAAUUAAUAAAUAUCAUUUUUUUAAACAUAGAAAAUUUAGAUAUAACGGAUUUCAAAGCUUGAAAUUUCCCGAAAAUCUUUUUUUGGACAAAAUUAGACAUCAAGAGCUUCUAAAGAAGUAAAAAUUAUGAGCAGAAUCUUUAAAAAAAUUAGAAAAAUACAUUUAAAAAAAUAAAAAAAAAAAAAUAGAAAUUUUAAGAAAAAAAUUUAACUUGCGCGUAAGUGUGCAAAGUUACGUGAUUCUGCAACUCCGUGCAUUUUACUCUCGAGAAUUUCGAAAAAUUUUAAAUUUUUUUUUUCACAUUUUUUCUUAUGAGAUUAUUAAAGUCAUUAUUUGAUUUCCUUUCAAUAUAUCGGUUUGAAAAUACUUUUCUAAACGUAUUUUUGUAUAGAACCAACUUUCUUGUGAAUCAAUUCAAUAAAUUCGAAACUUUGUAAUUUUUAUUUUCGAGACAUGUCCGUUUUAUAUUUUGUUUUUCAAUUAUUCACGCUAGAUGUCGCGGGAAAAAAAGAUUAAAGAUUGAAAAUUACAGAAAUAUUGAACUGCCGUACUCGGAAUUGGAGGACUUUUCGAUUCACGAUGAUGGGGACUUGAUAGUCGAUGAAAAAGAGAAGAUUUCUUUGAUUUCCUGUGCCAUCGACUAUGCUUUUAUCAUUCAUUCAAGGUUUUUAUGUUUAUUUUUAAGAUUUAUAAGGCCAUUUUCAAGAGCUUCAUUUAAUUUAUUUGCUAUUUUGACAUAUUUUUCCAAAGUUUUCUGGUUUUUAAGCAUGAAAUUCAUUUUUUUCAGGCAUAUAAAGCUUUGAAAAAGUCUUCAAAUGAAUAUUUUUUCUUGAAUAUUUUUUAGGACAAGCUAAAAUUUUCAGGAAGGUUCGAAAAACGAGAUAUUUGAGACAAGAGCCGCCCAGCUUCACCUACAAGCCCAAGGAUAAUUCUUAUAGGUUUUUUUUUCUCUAGUGACCACUUAAGAGGUUCCUCAAGGAGAGGACACUAAAGUGGCCACCAAAAAUAUCUCUAUAGAAGCCACUAUUUCGUCUUAGUGGCCACUAUAGUAGUUUCCAGUGGUCUAGUAGUACCAGCUGGGCUUCCAAAGCAGCCACUGAGUUUUAUUCACUUAAGGGGCCGCUUAUGAGACCACUAUAGUGGCCACUAGACCGUCAAAACCCUAAAGUGGCCACUGACAUAUUUUUUUCUUGUUUCAGAGAAGGAUCAGAAGUGAAGCUCAACUGUGAAGUGAUGGGAUCUCCGAAACCGGCCAUCACCUGGUAUUAUAAUGGACAGGUAAGUAAUUAGUGAUAUAGUGAUCACUUUAGUGGCUUUAGACAGUUUUAGAGGAAUCACUUGGAAGUCUGUAUAAAAUAGUUCUUUAUUGAAAAUUCGUAUGGCAGUAGAAGAGCUGCAAGUAGUCACUUAAGGGGUUAGGCUUUUCAUUUUAGUAGCCUCUGAGUGGAAGUAGAUCGGUCGAGAAUCAAGAAGACUUAAGUGACCCCUAUAGGGUUCCAGAGCACCAUAAAUAUGAUAAAAAGAAGCCACUUAAGGGGGCACUAACUUUAUAAGCACUCAAGGGAUCACUCGAAAAAUCUCUUGAAAAUCUGUAUAAAAUAGUUCUUUAUUGAAAAUUCGUGUGACAGUAGAAGAGCUGCAAGUAGUCACUUAAGGGGUUAGGUUUUUUCACUUUAGUUGCCCUUAAUGGAAGAACUUGGUCGAGAUUGAAGAAGACUUAAGUGACCCCUAGAGGGUUCCAGAGCACCAGAAGAAGCCACUUAAGAGGACACUAAAUUUAUAAGCCCUCAAGUGAUCACUUGAACCCGAUUUUCAGCGUCUCACCUCAAAUCGGAAACACGAAAUGAGUCUGGCCAAUAAUGUGCUCAGAAUUUAUCCUUUCUUGGAAUCUGAUGUUGGAAGGUAAAUUACCUGAUUAAUCAGGUGAUUAUUGAUUAAUUACAGGUACACCUGUGCGGCUUCCAAUCCUCUCGGUCGGGUGGAACACACGGCGGUCAUUGAACUAAUCACCAGGUAAUUUUUUGAUUAUUUACCUUUAAAAAAAAACUUCCAGCAUACCACCCAACAUCUACGAUGAUCCGCGCUCGCAGACCGUCCAUGUUGGAGGACAGGUCGGUUGUUUGGCUCAGUUGGGGAAGAGAUAGGCUGGCACAUUGGGGGUUUUUGGUUCGAUCCCUGUUGGGAGUUGAUUUUUUGCCUUUUUUAAUGUCUGGUGCAAGUUCUGCUGUAUUUGUUUUCGCAAGAUUAGAAGAGAUGUUCAUGGCUCAACUGGUAGUGCUCUAGAGCCAAAGGCAGAGGGUUGCAAGUUCUGAUCCUGAUAGCAGCAGAUAGAUUUUUGCCUUUUUUUCAAGUUGUGAUUCACUGAUUUAUGGACUUUCUAAAGUAAAAUGUGUACAUGGCUCAAUUGGUAGAGCUUAAAAAUCAUGCUAAAAUGGUCAAAAGUUCGAAUCCUUUGAUUAAUUGGUGAUUUUUGCCAUUAUCCUUUCAAUUUCAAUGAAGUUACGUUCAUGGCUCAACUGGUAGUGCUCUAGAGCCAAAGGCAGAGGGUUGCAAGUUCUGAUCCUGAUAGCAGCAGAUAGAUUUUUGCUUUUUUUCGAUUAGUGAUUUACUGAAAUCUAGGCUUUCUAAAGUUAGAUGUGUACAUGGCUCGAUUGGUAUAGCUUAAAAAUCAUGCUAGAAUGGUCCAUAGGCAGAGAGUUGCAAGUUCGGAUCCUAAGAGCAGUAGAUUCUUUUUUGCCUUUUUUUCAAGGCAUUCUCUGAAGUUUGAUGUGUACAUGGCUCAAUUGUAAACCUCAAAAAUCAUGCUAAAAUGGUCAAAAGUUCGAACCCUUCAAGUAGUUGAUGAUUUUUGCCUUUAUCCGUUCAAUUUCAAUGAAGUUACGCCAAUGGCUCAACUGGUAGUGCUCUAGAUCUAGAGGCAGAGGGUCGCAAGUUCGGAUCCUCAGUGCAGUAGAUUUUUUUGCCAUUUCCCAAAGCCUCAGUUUUGAAAAUUCAGAUGACCUUCUUUGCCGUAAAGACCUUGUUUUUGAAGUCAUAAGUUCAAUUCCUCCCCUCGUCAUUAGAUUUUUGCCAUUUUCUUCGAUUUUCAGGCAAAGUUCGUCUGCAAGGCGCGUGGAACGCCAACUCCCGGCUACACCUGGUCGUUUGACGGAUCGAUAAUUGCUCAUAUUAAAGGACGAGUCAUGGUCAUUUUCUGACUGAUUUUUGAUGAUUAAUCAAGGAAUUUUGAAGGUGUCAGACGAUGAAUCCGAACUGACGAUCAAUAACGUGGAAAAAGCGGACGAAGGCGUUUAUUCUUGUAUGGCUGGAAAUCCGGUCGGAGCUAUGACCGCCGAAGCGAAAUUGACCGUCAUUGGAGGGAAUAAGGACAAUGUUAGUGACUUUUUGGGUGGUUUUAAUGUUGUUUCGAGACUUUGGAGACUUCUUAAGGGACUCUUUAGGUAGUUUUGAGACGUGGGGACCCCUAAAGAGACUUCUUAAUUUUUUCGAGACUUUGUAGACUUCUCAAGAGCCUUGUAGGUAUUAUUAAGCCUUGAGGGACUUCUAGAGACUUUCAAGUUCAUUUUGAGACUUUGGAGGCUUUUUUAGGGAGUUUCAAGACUUUAGGGACCCUUAGACGGACUUUUUAGAGUUUUUUGAGACUUAAGGGAUUUUUAGUGAGACUUCUUUGGUUGUUUCAAGACUUCAGAGUCUUCUCAAGAGACUCUAUAAGUAGUUUUAAGUUUUUGGGUUUUUUUUACCAGAAAUUUUUUCAGGACUUAGAGACUUUUCUUUCUUCUUUUAGUUUUGUGGUGUGAGGGACUCCUAGAGUGACUUCUUAGUAUCUCUUGAGGUUUUAGAGACUUUUUAGGUAAUUUUGAAGUUUGAGGAACCCUUGAGACUUCUUAGGCUGUUUCGAGACUUUGGAGACCUCUUAAGGAACUUUUUAGGUAGUUUCAAGCCUCGAGGGACUCAUUAAGACUUCUUAGGUUUUUAGGAGGCCUUGGAGAUUUUUUAAAAGACUUUUAGGUAAUAUCAUUUCCAGGAAAACUUCUUAGUUUGUCUUGAGAUUUUAAAAACCUUUUAAGAGACUUUUAGGUGAUUUUGAAGCUUGAAAACUUUUAAAGAGACUUUUUUAGUUUGUUCUGAAACUUUAGAGACUUCUCAAAAGACUUUUCUGGUAUUUUUGAGCCUCGAGGGACCUCUAGAGACUUCUUAGUUUUUUCGAGACUUGAGAGACUUUUUAAUGGACUUUUUAGGUAGUUUUAAGGUUGGAGAGACCCCCAGAGUGACUUCUUAGGUUGUUUCGAGACUUCAGAGACUUCUUAAGGGUCUUUUUAAGGUUGUUUUUGGCCUUAAGAGACUCCUAGGGACUUUUUAGGUAGUUUCAAAGUUUGAGGAAUCCCUAGAGUGACUUCUAAAUUUCUUUUGAGACUUUAGAGAAUUUUUAUGUUGUUUUAGGCCUUAAGGGACCCUAGAGAGACUUUUUAGGUAAUUUUGAAGUUUGAGGGGCUCCUAAAAAAAUGUAUAGACUGAUAUUUUUGACAGUUUUCAGUUAGGUAAGCUGAGAAUCAUCAAAAUAAUUUUGAAAACUGCUGAAGGUGCCUUUCAAAGAUCCCUGGAAAGUCGUCGGAACGAUUCAAAUCGUGAAGAAUUUAGAAAAGCAUUACCGGUUGUCCAUUUAUCUUCUAAACAUCAAAACCCUUUUCCUGAAACAACCUAACUCCAGAAGCCCGUGAUCGACGAGGCCCUUCUCCACAGAAUCGCCCAAAAAGCCAGGGAAAACGUGGAGAAAGCCGUCGCCAAAACUAGAACUCAACUUUCGCAGGACCGCGUUAACAAUACCAACGACCUGAAGCGGCUUUUCCGAUUCACUGUACCUGCUCAGGUGCUCCAUUUGGACAGUUUCGAGCACCCUUCCCACCUUUUCAGGCUGUUGAACUGAGCAAGGCCAGGGAAAUCUACGAGGAAUCGGUCCGACUCGUCCACGAGCACGUCGAGAAGGGCAUGACGUUGAACGUCAACGAACUCCACCCGAAGAACGUCUCCUACGAGGCGCUCCUCCACGUCACCCACAUGCAGACCUUGAUGGGCUUGUCCGGCUGCGCCAGCGGACAGUUCAAGAAUCCCUGCACCGACACCUGCUUCCACAAUAAGUACAGGUAGGUCAAAGGUGAAAAAAGGGGAUUUAUAAGACAGUAGAAAGUAGAAUGGAGGGUUCAAAAUGGCCAUUUUAAUGAACCUUUUUUUUUGGGGUUAGGUCCAAUCAGUAUGAAGUACAAGAACCCCUGCACCGACACCUGCUUCCACAAUAAGUACAGGUAGGUCAAAGAAAAAAUAAAGGAUGAGUACAGGUAAAUCAAAGGUGAAAAAAAGGAGAAAUUCGGGGGAUUUAUAAGACAGUAGAAAGCAGUAUGAAAAGAUCAAAAUGGCCAUUUUAUUGGACCUUUUUGAGAUUAGGUUCAAUCAAUAGAUAGUUAGAAAAUUCAUGUACCGACACCUGCUUCUAUAAGGAGUACAGUAAGUACAGGUGAAUCAAGGAGGUUAAAUACAGGUAAAUCAAGGUGAAAAAAAAAGGGAAAAUCGGGAAUUUAUAAGACAGUAGAAAGUAGGAUGGAGGGUUCAAAAUGGCCAUUUUAAUGAACCUUUUUUUUUGGGGUUAGGUCCAAUCAGUAUGAAGUACAAGAACCCCUGCACCGACACCUGCUUCCACAAUAAGUACAGGUAGGUCAAAGAAAAAAUAAAGGAUGAGUACAGGUAAAUCAAAGGUGAAAAAAAGGAGAAAUUCGGGGGAUUUAUAAGACAGUAGAAAGCAGUAUGAAAAGAUCAAAAUGGCCAUUUUAUUGGACCUUUUUGAGAUUAGGUUCAAUCAAUAGAUAGUUAGAAAAUUCAUGUACCGACACCUGCUUCUAUAAGGAGUACAGUAAGUACAGGUGAAUCAAGGAGGUUAAAUACAGGUAAAUCAAGGUGAAAAAAAAAGGGAAAAUCGGGAAUUUAUAAAACAGUAGAAAGUAGGAUGGAGGGUUCAAAAUGGCCAUUUUACGAUACCUUUUUUGGGAUUAGGCUCAUAUUUCAAAAAUCUAUCUACCAAAACCUUGUUCCAAAAUAAGUGCAGGUGAGUCAAAGGUGAAAAAAAGGGAAAAAUCCGGGGAUUUAUAAGACAGUAGAAAGUAGAAUGGAGGGUUCAAAAUGGCCAUUUUAUGAUACCUUUUUGGGAUUAGGUUCAAUCAGUAGAUAGAUAUAAAAUUCGUGCACCGACACCAGCUCCUAUAAUGACUACAGUAAAUACAGGUGAAUCAAGGAGGAUGAAUACAGAAAAAUCAAAGAACAAAACAUUCAAAAACUUAUCAUUCAUUCUUGUAAGAGUAAAAUAAGAUUGAGAGGUCGAAAUAUCCGUCUUAUUUAGUUUUUUUCUGCGAUUUAGGUCUGAUCAGUAGAUAUUUAUCAAACCCCUGCACCUUCUACAAUAAGUACAGUAAGCACAGGUGAAUCAAGCAGGUUAAAUACAGGUAAAGCAAAGAGAAGAAGAAGCAAAAACUUGGGAGUCAGCCUGGUAAGAGGGAAUGAUUAUUGGAAGUUCGAAAAAUCUAUCUUAUUGAGUUUUUUUUUUUGCGGUUUAGGUCUGAUUAGUAGAUAGUUACAGUAUCCAUGUACCGACACCUGUUUUCAUAAUGAGUACAGGUAAAAAAAAUCAGCAAAAAAAUGCGAAAAAUCGAGGGAUUUCGUCUAUUAGGCAAUGGGAAUUGAAGGUUCAAAUAAGCUGUUUUGUUGACUUUUUGGCGAUCGGGUCUAGUUCAAAUAAGUGAAAAAUUUCAGUCACGACACCUAUAAGUGCAAUGAGAACAAGUAAAUUGAACCUGAAAAAUGCAAAAAGUCAAUUUAGUUCAUUCAGUAAACAGUAAGAUUGAGAGUUGAAAAUAGCCGUCUUUUUGAGCUUUUUUUUGGGAUCGGGUCUAAUUUGAGGCAGUAGAUAGUUCAAGAAGAACUGUUCCGAUACCUGCUCCCACAAUAAUCACAGGUAAACGAAAGAGGAAUUAAUGCAAAAACUUUUUUGUCUUGCCGAAAUCAACUUUUCGCCCAUAGGUUUUCAAAAAGGUGUCAUGGUCUUCAAUCUUACUUUUUUGGGUUUCAGAUUCCUCUCAGAAAUUUUUGCUCUAAAUAAUUAGUACAGUAGGCUAAAAAUCACUUAUCUCGCUUGAAAAAGGAGGUACCAAUCAAUAAAUAGAUUUCUGGUUCUUUGAGGUUAUAAAAUAAUCAAGAAUGGAUCAAAGAUGGUUCGAAAAUUCAUGGGAUUUUUUUCGAUCCAGAAAAGGUGUGUUUUGUACUUCUGUAUGAAAAUUGAGCAUUAAUCGAUUCAAAACAUCGUGUUUUUCAAGAAAAAGUUCGAUUUUUUAAAUCUCUAAUAAGAUGAAGGUGAUUGUGAGUUUUUUAACGGCACCUUUCAGCCUUUUUUGAGAUCAAAACUAUCCUGUUCAACUCACCCCUCAGAUCAAACUACAUACUUUUUUUCUGAAGGUCCUUCGACGGCCAGUGCAACAACCUGCGACACCACAUGUGGGGCGUCUCUCAGAUGCCCCUGGCUCGACUUCUGCCGCCCGUUUAUGAAAAUGGCUUCAACACGCCGGUUGGCUGGGAGAAGGGCCGAUUGUACAACGGAUUUCCCUUGCCCAAUGUUCGGGAGGUGAAGAAUGAAUAGUUUUUGAUAGGAAGAAGGAUCUAUUGAAGGUAUCCCGCCAAUUGGUCGCCACUGAAACCAUCACCCCUCACACUUCCCUUUCGUCGAUGGUCAUGCAGUGGGGGCAGUUUUUGGGUGAGUGAAGCUCUUUAGAACGACAGAAUGGUCCCUAGAGAGGCCCUUAGAGAUAGCCCCUCUAGGGACCACCUUAUCCCCCCUUGUAGGAACCACUUUAUCCUCCCUCGUAAGGGCCACUGAAGCUUGCCUAAGUUACCACUCUAGGGAAGCAGAAUAGUGAUCUCCAAACGUCAUUUUAAGUUUAUAAGGGUCACUAGAGGGACCACUUUAGGGCUUAGGGAUCAGAUUCAAAAUCCCUAUAGGAACCGCCUCAAUAAUGGCUCUGUAAAGACCCCUUUUUUGAUCUCCAAACGUCAUUUUAAGUUUAUAAGAGCCACUAUAGGGACCACUUUAGGGGCUUAGGGAUCAGAUUCAAUAAUGGAUCUGUAAAGACCCCUUUUUUAUCUCCACGCUUUUUUUUAGGUUUAUAAGAGCCAAUAGAGGGACCACUUUAGGGCUUAGCGAUCAGAUUCAAAAUCCCUAUAGGAACCGCCUGGCUCUGUAAAGACCCCUUUUUUGUUCCCUAUAGGGGCCGUUUUUCUCUAACCCCUUUAGGGAUAACUCUGGCGUUCCAAAGAUACACGAAUCACUUCAAAGUGACUUAGAAAAAAUCUCAAGGGACCACUUAAGAAACUGGAAUGUUCAUGAUUUUUCUCUAAAAGCUUCUGGUGCUUGAUCUUGAUCAAAAGUCUAAAUAUUAUUUUAUCCGAAAGGCCCUGGUCGCAUUGAGAAUAUAUCGAAGCGACGCGGUCGCGUGGCGGUUAGAAACAAUACUAAAAAUGACUUGAAGUCUUUCUUUAACGGUUUCCGAUGUCUCUACGCGCAAGUUGUUUGGGGUCGGGCGCACCCAGAGAAACUUGUUUAAAUGAAGCCAUUCUAUGUGCGACCGAAAUUCGCGGGGAUCAGAGUAUACAUUAAUUUUAAAAGAACCAAAACAAACUUGUAAGUUUCAAAGAUUUUUCUCAAAAUCGUAAUCCCUCGAGUGACCACUUUUUUAAUAUAUGACCCUUUUUUUAAGAAUUGUUUUAGAACAUGCCUUAUGACAUUGAGUGACCUUAGGAAACUCAAAAAACACUUAAGUAGUGGCUUCAGUAACCUUAAAUCACUUAAGCAACCUCUUCAAACGUUCUCAUUCAGAUCACGACCUGACGCAUACUGCAACGGCUCUCUCGCGACACAGUUACGCGACUGGAGCGUUCUGUAAUCGAACCUGCGAUAAUUUGGAUCCCUGUUUCAAUAUUCCGCUCUCUCCGAAUGAUCCCCGCAUGCGUUCCGGAGUGUUAGUUUUUUUUUUUUCAGCGUGGGAAAAAUUAGCCGCGAGAGGCUUUGACAUGCGCGCUCCAUGGAAAUAAAGAAGCUUGUGCGCUCCAUGGCGAAUUUUAGAGUUUCCAAGUCGAAUUUAGGGUCCAGAACUUCAAAAAGUUGAUUUCCUUGAAGAAAGUUUGCUCUCUGUCCAAAUUCUGAGUUGAGAUCUUCAACAAAAUGUUAAUUUUCAGAAAAAAAAACCUGCGCAUACUUUUAUCAUGUGAAACUUGAGAAAAGGAUUGCUGAUUUUUUUUAAAUCGAAUAAAGUUUGCUCCAUGGAAAAUUGUUAUUCUCUUAGAGCUCUCUGAAGAAAACUGCACGCUUCCGGAUAGAUUUAAUGAUCCCUUUAGCGGUGUCAGACCUCUUAAGUGAUCACUUGAAAAGCUUAGAAUCGUUAGCGGCGUCAGUCCUCUUAAGUGAUCACUUGAAAAGCUUAGAAUCGUUAGCGGCGUCAGUCCUCUUAAGUGAUCACUUGGGAAGCUCACAAUCGUUAGCCGCCUCAGCCCUCUUAAGAGAUCACUUGAAAAGCUCAGGAUCGUUAUCGACGUCAGCCCACUUAAGUGAUUUUUUGAGAUGCGCAGAAUCGUUAGCGGCAUCCGCCCUCUUAAGUGAUCACUUAAAAACCGGUUUUCGGCUCCAGUCAUAGGAAAAAUCGUUUCCAGACACGUCAAGUUCCCCUGCAUCGAGUUUGAACGAAGCGCGGCGGUUUGCGGAAGCGGCGAGACUUCUUUGGUCUUCCAGAGGGUCACCUACAGGGAACAGAUGAAUAUCGUCAGUUUCCCUACAAAAUCCCAAUGAUUUUUGCGCCUUUUUCCAGCUCACUUCCUACAUCGACGCUUCGAAUGUCUACGGGAGCAACGAGGUUCAAGCUCAGGAGUUGAGGGAACGAUAUAAUGAUAGAGGUCUUCUGCGGUACGACAUCCUGUCGGAGUGAGUUAUGGGUGGAUCUUACAUGGGCUGACCAUUUUUAAAGGCCCCUGUUUUUGUAAAUCAAAGUUUAUAUAGUCCUAAAUAGUGAGGCUCAAAAAAGGGCCGAAAAAGACUGCAAAAAGACCCCAGAAAGGCAGCAAAAGGGCCUCAGAAAAGCUGCAAAAUAGUCCCUUUUUCGAGCCUUACAUUUUUCAGUCCAAAUAUUGUGUGUUCAAAUAUUGAUUGUCAAGUCCAAUGACGUCAUUCAAAAACACUCUGUGGAUGGCUCGCUCUCUGAUUGGUUUAUCGCACCAUUAGGGGCGGAGCUUGAGCGACGACUUGACAUUCAAAAUCUGAACAGACUAUAGUCGUUUUUUGUAACAACAAGAUAAAAAAACUACUCUCCAUAAAUGUUUGAUCUCCAGGUGCCCCUAACUUUACCCACAGAAAUCUAAGACAAUUUUUGAGACCAGAUUCAGAAUUAACGUAAAAAAUCAUAUCUAGUGAACCUGGUCUCGUUUGAACGUCUGUUAAAAAAAGCCAAAAAAUCGAUUAUCCAAAAGACAGCUUUUCAAAGUUUAUGUAGCGAAACUGUAGUAAAACUCGAAAAUAACUAAAAUGAAGCGCUCAGAAUCGUAUUUUGCCAAAUUAAAAUUUUAAAACUGAAAGGGAUUUAUUGACGCUAUUUUUACAAAAUUGAACUUUGGAUUCAGCGGAAAAUGUGCAUAAGCUUUGAAAUUCAAAAAAACGUGGAAAAUUUUCCAUUUUUCAAAAAUGUGAUAUAACUUUGUUCUGUGUGAUAUAACUUUGUUCGCUUUGCGAAUUUCUCCAUGAAAAGUUUAGUUUUGAAUCCAGCGGGAAAUUCUGAACAAGGAACAGCUUUACGGACUUUGAAAAAAACAAAAAAAUGAGAAUUUUUUUAAUUUUCCAUAGACUUCUAGGACCUGUCCAACUAUUGGUUUGAAAAAUGAUCGAUUUUUUCGGAUUUCCAAGUCAGAUUUAUAAUUUUAAAAAGACACAUGUGUUUUUUUGGAAAAAUUCUGGACUGUAAAAAAAAAAAAAAAUGAGGGUUUUGAAAAAAAUUUUCCCUAGACUUCUUGGACCAGUCCAACUAAUGGUUUGAAAAUUAUCGAUUUUUGUUUUUUGGAUUUCCGAGUAAAACUCAUAAUUUUAAGAGACACAUGUACUAUGAGAAAAAUCUGGUCUGUAAAAAAAAAAAAAUGAGGGUUUUCGAAAAAAAUUUUUCCCUAGACUUCUUGGACCAGUCCAACUAGUGGUCUGAAAAUGAUCGAUUUUUUUGUUUUUGGGGGGGUUUUUAAGUCAGAUUUAUACUUUUAAAAGACACAUGUAUUUUUGGGAAACUCUGGUUUACAAAACUGUAAAAAAAGACAAAAAUGAGGGUUUCGAAAAAUUUUCCAAGAAAGAGACCAGAACCACGAUUCCAGAGCCGGCAAGCCGUACCUACCCUUCGAGAAAGACUCCAAAAUGGACUGCCGCCGGAAUUUCUCCGAAGAGAAUCCGAUCCGAUGCUUUUUGGCCGGCGACCUCCGGGCAAACGAGCAAUUGGCCCUGACCGCUGUCCACACGAUCUUCCUCCGGGAACACAAUCGAAUCGCCGGAAAACUACUCGCCAUGAACCAGAACUGGGACGGCGAGGUCAUCUACCACGGUGGGUGGAGCUUUUGGAGGGAGAAGCUGUAAUAUUAUCAUUUUUUCAGUGAUUAGUGGUUUUAGGGUAUCUUUAGAUGGGUCUCAAGGAAUAGAGAUAUAGGCCAUUCCGCGCCAGUUUGUCAUGAUUUUAAUUUUCCUCGGAGCUACAGAACUCCUUUCGGCGCUUCGCUUCGAUGCUCUCGGUGUUCCCCCCUGCGUGCGCAUUCAAUAAAACAUCAUUUCUGAUUAAGAUAUUGCUCCAAUUUACAAGAUUUUUUUCAAUGGAAUGAUUUCAUUUUUCGCUUGAACUAUACACACUCAGAUUCUGUGCUGGAUUUGUAAGAAAAACGAAAAAUACUAUUUUUUUAAUUUUUAUUAAUGAAACCGGCUGUUUUUUUUGCAUAUAAUUUUUUGGUUAGUUUGAUAUAAAAUUUGAUGUUACAACUGUUUUUCUAGAAUAAGAAAAUCCCAAAGUUCGGAAAUAAUGAGUUUCAUUGAAGGCGCACGCAAGGGGGCACACCGAGAGCAUCGAAGCGAAGCACCGAAAAGGCUACUGUAUCUCCAAAUAAACUGGAAAUCGUGACAAGCUGGCGCGGAAUGACCUAUACAUUAAGGAAAAUUGGGGCUUCUUUUUCAGGAAAAUCCUAAUUUUAUAGUACUUCAACCAUGAACAUCGGGAACCAUUAGGGAAAGAAGCCAUGAAUUUUCAAAGGUUUCGGAAAAGUUCUAGUCAAAAUUUGGCCUCAAAAGGUCUUGGAGGAAUAGCUUUUUUGGUCUUACCACGUUAUUUUUCGAAAAAUAAUUGGUUUUUUAUUAAUCGAAGGAGAGCCAAGCAUUCUUAGGAAAACCAGAGGGGUCUCUAAAGGGGUUAGGGGCUAAAACAACCCCUGUAGGGGCCGAAAAAAUGGUCCCUAUAGGGUCAAAGUCAAGGUGGUCUCUAUAGGGAUUAAGGGUCGGACCCCUUGGCCCUUAAAGCUCAAGUGGACCCUAUAGGGGUCUUUCAAUUCCAUUCAAAAACGCUUAUUUAUUCAGUUUUUUGCAUGGAAAUGCUUCUUUGCUUAGGGUUCAUAACAAUUAUCGACUAGCUUGUCCCCUAUAGGGACCACUUUUGCAAGGGCCUUUAAGGUUGCCCCUAUAGGGACCUCUUGGAAGUUCAUAUGCUCGGAGUUGGUUGAAUUAAAGGAAAAAAAAUCGACUUCUCAAGAUUUUAUCAAUUUUCUUCAGUUUUCAGAUUUUUUUUUCUUAUUUUUUAGUACCUGAACCGUUCAAUUUUUUCAAAAAAUCAAAAAAAUCUGCGAUGAUAAUUUUGAGGCUGAGGAUCCGAAAAUUUUCAGAAACGCGAAAAAUCAUCGGCGCCGUAAUGCAACAUAUCACCUACAAUCAAUGGUUACCCAUUGUUUUUGGAGGAAAAGUUGGUUUUUUUUUUUCUGGUUUCUUAAGAGUUUUUCUCGCUUAAAAGUCACCUUUAACAAGGCCGUAUGGAGAAUGGCUGAAAAAUCUCAAUUUUUAAAGGCGUCCGACCUGAAACGGCUUGCGCGCUGAAGCAUGGAGAAGUGUUAGGUCAGGCUGAUAACAAGGAGAAACCUUACAUGUCAAUUUUUGACAGGAAAAAUUGGUCUGGGUAGUUUUUGAAGUAGAGUUUCUUAAUGUCCCGGCCUGGAGAUUCAAUAGUUUUCUCAAAAAACGACUUUUUACAGGAAAAGAAAACCACCAAAACAGGCUAUUUCGAGAACUUGAACCUUGAUUUUUUUUUAAAAAUAUUUCAAAUUGAAACUCACAGAACCUUAAUCUCGAACAUUAUCUAGGAGACUUUCAACGAAUUUUGAAAUUUUGAGUAUUAGAGCAUUUAUUUUGAACCCCAACGCGACCGCGACGCGUUUGAGCCAUUCCAAGUGCGGCCACAGAAAUUCAAGCUGCAAAGAACAAAAGAUCCCUUAUUUUUCUCAAGAGUUUUUACAGUCUUCAAAAAAGUUUCAAAGUUCGAGUAUUAUAACUUUUUUUUGAAGCGCAACGCGACCGCGACGCGUUUGAGCCAUUCCAAUUGCGGCCACAUCUUUUUGAACACCGUAAAAGGAAAAAUUAAACGUUUAGGACCAACUGAGAAAAUAUAUCGGCGAUUAUAAAGGCUACGAUCCAUCCGUCGACGCUUCGGUUACGAAUUCCUUCGCGACGGCUGCUUUUAGGUGAUUUUAUUCACAUAAUCAUUAACACGCUGUCUCCGUUAUUCUAAAAAAUUUCUAAAAGCAACGGGUACAAUAAAAAAAAAUAUGUUUUGAUUUGGAUGAAACUUCACCCAGUGUGAUACCCCAUCAUCAGAAAUGCGGACCCAACUUUUUGAGCCAUUUCCUCUUACUGUAGCCGGGUUACGGUAGGCAGGUGGGCACCUGCGUAUCUCAGUAUUGAAGAGUUUUUACUAGGCGAGUGAUAUAUCAAUCGAUAGGUAAUCCAAUUUCAAGAACUUUUACAGUACAUACCAUCUUGGGUUACGGUCGAAAAAUUUUGAGUUACGGUACUUUUUGUGUCUGCCGAGUCAGUUUUUCGACCACCAUGAGCUUGAGCCAGGAGAUCCAUUCUUCCUAACUUCUCAAAAGAUACCUUAUGAGAAGCUGUACAAGCUGGUACUAGUUUGAAAAAAUCCUAGGUGGACCAUCAUUUCGUAAAAAUCGCCCCGAAGGCGCGCAAUCGUGGUCUUGCGGCGGCCAAGUGGGUGAAGUCCAUGAUGCCGGACGGCUCAUUUUUUUCACAGAUCCAUUCCAAUCUUUGUUUCCAUUUCACUCAUAGAUGUCUAUUAUUGAUUUUUUUAUUUCAAUUUGAGAUGUUUUCGGGUUGACCAUCAUUUCGAAAUUUCAUUUUGAACCCAAAUUUGGCCUGAAAUGGCCGACUCGGCCUUUUUCACGGGAUCCCUGACCCCGUAUGUGACCGUUCUCAACUUUUUUCUUUCUUAAACAUGAACAAGAGUGCCUGAACAACAGUUUUAUAACAAUCGGAAACCCUUUUGAGAGGACCAUCAUCUCGAAAUUCCAUUUUGAACUCAAAUAUCGGCUUAGUUUCCCCAUUUGAAGUUUUUAUCAUUUACAGCAAAAUCUAUUCUGCCAAUUUAUUUUCAAAACAGGUAAUCAAAAAUGAGAAAUGUGAAAUACCAAGUAAUUUUUUUCAUGAAAGAGAAAACCCGACACUCUGACCACCGGUGAGGUUGAAACUUAACUUUCAAGGUGAUUUUUUAUAAAUGUUUUUAUUAUAACCUAAAUAGUAGUUCUAAAUCUUCAAAAUUUUUCAUACCUAAAAAACAAGACAUUCGUCAUGUGACUAUUUUUGUGAAAAAAUAACCAAAAAAAAAUUGGGUUCAAAAUGGAAUUUCGAGAUGAUGGUCCUCUCAAAAGGGUUUCCGAUUGUUAUAAAACUGUUGUUCAGGCACUCUUGUUCAUGUUUAAGAAAGAAAAAAGUUGAGAACGGUCACAUACGGGGUCAGGGAUCCCGUGAAAAAGGCCGAGUCGGCCAUUUCAGGCCAAAUUUGGGUUCAAAAUGAAAUUUCGAAAUGAUGGUCAACCCGAAAACAUCUCAAAUUGAAAUAAAAAUCAAUAAUAGACAUCUAUGAGUGAAAUGGAAACAAAGAUUGGAAUGGAUCUGUGAAAAAUGAGCCGUCCGGCAUCAUGGACUUCACCCACUUGGCCGCCGCAAGACCACGAUUGCGCGCCUUCGGGGCGAUUUUACGAAAUGAUGGUCCACCUAGGAUUUUUUCAAACUAGUACCAGCUUGUACAGCUUCUCAUAAGGUAUCUUUUGAGAAGUUAGGAAGAAUGGAUCUCCUGGCUCAAGCUCAUGGUGGUCGAAAAACUGACUCGGCAGACACAAAAAAAGUACCGUAACUCAAAAAUUUUUUUCGACCGUAACCCAAGAUGGUAUGUACUGUAAAAAGUUCUUGAAAUUGGAUUACCUAUCGAUUGAUAUAUCACUCGCCUAGUAAAAAAACUCUUCAAUACUGAGAUACGCAGGUGCCCACCUGCCUACCGUAACCCGGCUACAGUAAGAGGAAAUGGCUCAAAAAAAGUUGGGUCCGCAUUUCUGAUGAUGGGGUAUCACACUGGGUGAAGUUUCAUCCAAAUCAAAAAAAUAUUUUUUUUAUUGUACCCGUUGUUUUUUUGAGAAUAACGGAGACAGCGUGUUAAAAAAAUGUUUAUUUAAUUAACACAAAUGACUAGCAUUGAAGAACGGGUUAAAAUAGACUACAGGAAAAAACGAAGGAAAAUGUUUUUCUAUGUAACUUUUUUAUGACGCGGACGAAAUAUCCAAACAUUUUCCUUCAGAUUCGGCCACACGAUCAUCAAUCCUCUGCUUUUCCGCCUCGACAAAACUUUCCAACCCAUCCAACAUGGCCAUAUUUCUCUUCACAGGGUUAUUAUUUUUAUAUUAAUUACGUCUGAUUUUGUGAAACUUUGAAAGAUGGUGGUUAAUGGCUGCUAAAAAGGAGCGGCCCAAAAAAGAGCAAAAAAAAAGCGAAAAAAAAACAAAAAAAAAAUGCAGAAAGGUAGCAAAAAGACUGCAAAAUGGCAGCAAAAAGGCCGCCAAAAGGCUGCAAAAAGGUAGCAAAAAGACUGCAAAAUGGCAGCAAAAAGGCAGCAAAAAGGCCGCUAAAAGGCUGCAAAAAGGCUGCAAAAAGGUAGCAAAAAGACUGCAAAAUGGCAGCAAAAAGGCAGCAGAAAGGUAGCAAAAAGGCCCCUAAAAGGCUGCAAAAAGGCCGCUAAAAGGUUGCAAAAAGGCUGCAAAAAGGCUGCAAAAAGGCUGCAAAAAGGCUGCAGAAAGGUAGCGAAAGGGCUGCAAAAAGGCCGCAAAAUGGCAGCAAAAUGGCAGCAAAAAUGGUCCCUUUAUCGAGCUUUCUAUUUUUCUAGAAUUUCGAAAGCUCCAGAAAUGAAAAAGCAGCAAAAAUGGUGCAUAAGGGCUGAGAAAAUGGCGCAAAAAGGCUGAAAAAAGGAAAAUUUCUACGGAGCCUUUUUCCACCCUUUCCGACUUUUUCUAUGCUUGGGAAAAAUGAAAAAUCCAUGAAAAAAAGAAAAAAAGUUCAUUCAAGGCCUUCUUCACCCCCGAACUGGUGCUGAAAGAAGGCGGCGUCGAUCCGCUCCUCCGCGGCCUCUUUGCCUCGCCCCUUAAGCACCCCCUUCCGACCCAACUCCUCAAUAUGGAGCUCAUCGAGAAGCUCUUCCACAAGGGCCAUGAAGUGAGUGGGAAAAUUUUUGAAAAAAAUGAAUUUUUUGUGUUUAGGUUGCCUUGGACCUGGCUGUCAUGAAUAUCCAACGGUCCAGGGACCAUGGAUUGCCCAGGUGAGAAAUGCUUCCUAUAAAAGCUUGGGAAAGCCAGAGUGGUACCUUUAGGGGUUAGGGGAAAAAAGUCCCUAUAGGGGUUAAAAAGCUGUAGGAGGUCAAGGGUCAGACCCUUCUUCUUUACUUGUUAUUGCUAAAGUGGUCCCUAUAGGGGUCUUUUAACUUUUUUCGAUGAACGACUGGAAUUUCCCCCUAAAGCAGCCCCUAACUGAAACCCCCAUAGGGUCCAUUUUUGCAAGCUCUAGUGGCCCCUCUAGGGAGAGUUGAAGUGAUUCCUACUUGGGACUUCCAGAGUGGUCGCUACAGGGGUUUGAGGAAAAACAGCCCAUAUAAGGGCCGAAAAGGGGACCCCUAUAGGGGUAAAAUCAAGGUGGUCCCUAUAGGGGUUCAGAGUCUGACCCAUCAGUCACUGAAGCUUAAGUGGUCCCUAUAGGGGUCUUUCAAUUUUAUUCAGAAAAGCCUAUUUAUUCAGUUUUUCCCAUGGAAACGCGUCUUCGCAUAGACUACAUAAAACUUAUCGACUAGCAUGCCCCCUAUAGGGACCACUUUUGCAAGUUUAGUGACCUCUAUAGGGAUAGGUGAUGCCUAGUGGCCAUUUUUGCAAGCUCUAGUGGCCCUUAUAGGGUGAGAUGAAGUGAUUCCUACUCGGCAAUUCCAGAGUGGUCCCUAUAGGGUUUUGGGAAAAAACAGCCCAUAGAAAGGCCGAAAAAGUGGUCUCUAUAGGGUUGAAAUCAAAGUGGUCCCUAUAGGGGUUCAGGGGCUGACUCAUUAGCCACUGAAGCUCAAGUGGUCCCUAUAGGGGUCUUUCAAUUUUAUUCAGUUUUUCCUAUGGAAACGCGUCUUCGCAUAGACUACAUAAAACUUAUCGACUAGCAUGCCCCCUAUUGGGACCACUUUUGCAAGCUUCAGUGACCCCUAUAGAGGUCGGUAAAGUGGUCCCUAGAGGUGUCCCUACAGGGACCAUUUUGGCGUUUCGAAAAAAAUGUUGGUUUUUAUAGUUUUUUUCUCGUGGUUUUUUUGAAGCAUUGUAUUCAAAUUUUUUUUAUUUUUUUAUAUUUUUUAACAUUUAUAUCGAAGCUUCUUCUUGAUUCAUUAUACUUUCCAGUUACACCGAGUACCGAAAAUAUUGUCGUUUAUCGGUCCCGAAGACUUGGGACGACAUGAGAGGAUACAUACCGGAUGAUAAGAUUCGGAUGAAGAUGAAGGCCUUGUAUGGAGAUCCUGGUGGGUUUUUUUGUCUUCCAGUGACCACUAUAGGGUUUUGACAUUCUAGUGGCCACUGUAGUAGUCGAAUUGGUGGCCACUUAAGGGGUUCAAAUUUACUGGCCACUAUAGAGGUCUAAGUGGUACUAAUAGGGCACUAAAACUUUUAAAAAUUAGUGGCUUCUAUAGAGUUUAUUCUAGUGGCCACUCUAGUGUUUUUUCCAAGUAGUUGCCCACUAAAUUUUUUCUCAGGAAGUUGAAAAUUUUGGUUUUGAAAAGGAUAAAAUUCAGUUUUCAAGGUCAAAAAAGAGGUUGAAGGCCUCGAAAAUCAAUUGAAACUUUUUAAAUAUCGAGUUUUUUGGACUUGUCUUCUGAUUUUCAGCUUUUGACACGCAUUUAGAAGUUGAAAAGUUGGAUAUUUUGGUACAAAACGCGCGAAAUUUCAUUUUAACAUCGAAAAAUAUGGUUAAAUCGGAACGAAAAACAUCGAUUUUGGGAGUUUUUUGAUGAUUUUUAGUCGUUCCUUGAAUCACUGAGUUGAUUUUGAAGAUUCAAUAUAUAAAAAUACUGGAUUUCGAAGUGUUUCAACAAAAAUUUGACUUUUCUCGAUACUCCCCAAUUUUUCUAGGUUUUCUCCUUGAUUUCGUUUCAAUUUCUUAUUUUUUGGUAAAAAUUCAGAAUCCUGAGCUUAAAAACUAGUAGGAAAAGCGAAAAUCCGAAAAAAAAGAAGUAGAAAUGAAGUAGAAAAGAGCCAGGAGAAAAACGACGCAUUAGAGUGCAAGGACGCGCAAGCCGCGGCGAGUCGGUUGCACCACUAACGGGGGGGUAUAUAAUCGCCUCGGCGCCCUCAGCAAAGAUGUUGCGCGCGAUGAAGGUGAAUAACCAUCUUUCGGCUGAAGUCUCUUGAUGCCAAUACCCCAUUCCUUGCUGAGCGCUUGUAUUUCAAUACAUUUUUUGCGCAUUUUUUGGUAAUUUCGAUACAAAUGACAUUUUUCCAGCCAAUAUUGACCUUUGGGUCGGCGGAAUCGUCGAAGAAAAACUGCCCAACGCGUUGUUUGGACCGGUUUUCGCGUGUAUUAUCGGCGAACAGUUCAAAAGACUUCGUGAUGGCGAUCGAUUCUGGUCGGUUUUCAUGAUGGCUCAUCAUUGCUCAGAGUAGCGAUUUGUUGCUGAUAUUGAAUAUUUCGGCGAAAAAUAGCAUUUUUUUCAGUUUUUCAUGCUUCUCAAUAUAUUCUUUCUGUUGUAUGGAGUUUUUCCACAAUUUCAGAAUUUAAAAAAUGUUUAGUCCCGUUUUUAAUAAAGCUUCCCUUUCCGAUAAAUCUCAUUGGAAGCUCAAAACCCAGUUUCUCAAUUUCUUCCACCUGCUAACACCAAAGUUUACCUUUGAUCUUGAGUAAAUGACACGAAAUCACCUGCUUUUUAAGGAUAUAAAACUUUUUCUGAAAGGUCACCUUUUUCAGGCACGAGAACACAGGUGUUUUCACGGCUUCUCAACUCGCCGAAAUCAGAAAAGUGAACCUGCCCCGGUUACUCUGUGACAAUGGAGAUGAUAUCGAUCGGGUGCAGGUGAAAUUUGAAUAUUUAUAGGAUUUUUCUAGGCUCCUUUAGAACAAGAUUUUCAAAUUCGACAUAUCGAAACACCUUUGGAGAAGAUUGAAGUUCAUAAAUUUUCGUUUUAAGUUGCAAAAAACAUGGAAAAUGGUCUUGUUCAGGCGUUUUUAGCUUCAGAAUAGCAGUUUUUAACGAAUUGGAGCCUCAAAAAAAAUAUGAAAAACUAUUUUUUCCUCAUGAAUUGGCCUGCUCAGAAGGUUGAAUAAGACCAAAAAAUGAUGUGAAAAAUACAAAUUUCCAGCAGUUUUUUCUAUUUUAGUUACUUAUUAAUAAUCUUUGUACCUUUGAGUUUCUCAGGAGAAGAAAAUGAUGUGAAAAGCCGAAUUUUUGCAACUUUGUACAUGAUUUAUGGUAGGAAAACCGUUUCCAUGGGAAAAUAAUCGAGAAAAAAAAAGAUAUUUUACACGUUCCUAGAAUAAAUUCAGGCUCAAACAAGAGUUCUAACAAUCUUUGUACCUUUAAAGUUUCCGGAGAAGUUCACAGCAGGAUUUAUAAUGAGUUCAAGUUCGUGAGAAACCUUAGGUUCUUGAAAGAUGAUGAAAGUAUCUGCUUAUUGGUUCGUUUAGUCUGGAACAUGAUUGGAGAAGGAAAAGUGGCUUUUUAAGUGCAGGAACCCGGAAAAUCAAUUUUCGUUUUAAAUCCGGAACUCUUUCCAACUUGAAGUUUGAAAAAGUCACGGAAAAGACCUCAAAAAGCAGUUUUUAAAAUCUUUCUACACUUAUUACUUUUGAAAAAUACUCGGGAAAAGUCGGAUUAGUAGAUAAUGGCGGCUAAAAAAGAGAGGCUCAAAAAAGGGCUGCAGAAAGGCAGCAAAAAGGCUCCAGAAAGGCCCCAAAAAGGCAGCAAAAAGGCAGCAAAAAGGUAGCAAAAAGGCCACAGGAAGGCCGCAGAAAGGUCCCAGAAAGGCCCCAGAGAGGCCGCAGAAAAGCCCCAGAUAGGCAGCAAAAAGGUCGCAGAAAGGCAGCAAAAAAGGCCGCAGAAAAGCAGCAAAAAGGUCCCAGAAAGGCCGCAGAAAGGCAGCAAAAAGGUCCCAGAAAGGCCACAGGAAGGUCGCAGGAAGGCUCCAGGAAGGUCGCAGAAAGGCCGCAGAAAGGUUCAAAAAAAGGCCGCGUAAUGGCAGCAAAAAGGGUGCAGAAAGGCAGCAAAAAGGCCCCAAAAAGGCCCCAGAAAAGCUGCAAAAACAGUGCCUUUUGCGAGCCCUCCAUUUUUUCUAAGAUUUUGAAGGCUCAAGAAAUGGUGGAAAUAGGAAGAGGCUGCAAAAAGGGUGCAAAACAGCCGAUGAAAUGGCGCAAAAAAGGCAGCAAAAAAGGAACAUUCCUAUGGAGACUUUGCCUAUGUAUGAGGUCUAAUACUUUACUCUAGAAUGCAAAAAUUCCGUCACAAAAAUUACCGAUACUUAUUUUCAGAAGGACAUUUUUGCCUACCCUGGAACCAACAUCCUGGCUUACGAACGGUGCUCGGCGCACGUCGAAAUGAGCCUCGACCCGUGGAGAAAUUGUUGCGAUACGAUUUGUCCGACCAUGCGGGACAACGUCUUGAGAAGGUUUGUUUCACAUCGAAAUUGAAAAAAGGGUUGGAAAAGGGCAGCAAAAUGGUGUAAAAAGGUUUGAAAAUGGUUUGGAGAAAUGACCAGGGUUCGAAUCCCGCUCACGCCAAAACCUUUUUUGCCAUUUUUUGAAGCAUUAGAACCGUGAUUUUCAGCACUUCAAUCGGCAGAAAUGAAUAUGAAAUUUAUGAAAAAUGAAAAAAGACACGAAAAUAGGCUAUAAAUCACUCCUUUGAGGCAUUUUUGUACGCUAGCCUGUUGAUUUUGGGACCCGGGUUCGAAUCCCCCUCACGCCAAAACCUUUUUCGCCGUUUUUAAAAUAACGUUACCGUGGUUUUAAAGACUUGAUUAUGUAGAAUUUUGACUGGGGAUAUCAAAAAUAACACGAAAAAAAUGCGACAAACCACUCAUUUGAGGCAUUUAGCCGGUCAAUCCUCAAACCAGGGUUCGAAUCCGGCUCACGACAAAACCUUUUUGCCAUUUUUCAAAAUAACGUUACCGUGGUUUUAAGGACUUGAUUAUGUAGAAUUUUCAUUGGGGAGUGAUGGAAAUCAGAUGUAUCAAUGGUGACACAAGAACAAAAUGCUACAACCACUCCUUUGAGGCAUUUAGCCGGUCAAUCCUGGGACCCGGGUUCGAAUCCCGCUCACGCCAAAACCUUUUUGCCAUUUUAAAAAUGUGAUUUCUCAGUCGCCACCGUGGCUCACGUCUUCAUGGAUGCACGAACGAAGGAAUCUGGCGUCCGGAAGGCGCCAAAUGGUCCCCACGAGGCGAAUUCUGCACCGAAUGCAUCUGCACGGUUCUUGUUUUCUUUUUCUGGCUUUUUCCUCAGAUUGUUGGUGUUUAAUCCAUUUUGCAAAUUACAGGGAAGCCGUGUUUGGUGUUCGAUGAAAGAAGACUGCACCAAUCCUUUCUCUCUCUGA